AUGGCGGUGGCACGGAAAAUCAAAACUUUGUUGACGGUCAACAUCUUGGUCUUCGUGGGGAUCAUCCUCUUCUCCGUCUACUGCAGGAUCCAGGAUCGUUCCCAGGAGCUGGUGCAGAUCGUCCGGAGCGCGGACCGCCGUGUCAGGAGCCGAGGAGCCAAGGUGGGCAGCCUGGCUGACAGGGAGUCCAUCCUGCAGCGCCUGGACCACCUGGAGGAAGUGGUCUACAACCAGCUAAAUGGCCUUGCAAAGCCUAUGGGAUUAGUUGAAGGUCCAGGAGGCUUGGGCCAGGGGGGAAUGGCUGCUACCCUAAGAGAUGAUAGCCAUGAAUCGGAGACUAAAUAUGAAGAAUAUGGUUACAAUGCCCAACUCAGUGACAGGAUCUCUCUCGACAGGUCCAUCCCUGACUACAGACCAAAAAAGUGCAAGCAGAUGACCUACACAGAUGACCUGCCCCAGAUCUCUGUGGUCUUUAUAUUUGUUAACGAGGCGCUGUCUGUCAUCCUGCGCUCCGUGCACAGCGUUGUGAAUCACACCCCCUCACAUUUGCUCAAGGAGAUCAUUCUGGUGGAUGACAACAGUGACAAUGUUGAGCUCAAAUUUAACCUGGAUCAGUAUGUCAAUAAAAGAUACCCAGGUCUGGUGAAAAUAGUGCGCAAUAACAAACGAGAGGGACUGAUUCGAGCCAGAAUCCAAGGCUGGAAAGCUGCAACCUCUCCUGUUGUUGGGUUCUUUGAUGCUCAUGUGGAAUUCAACAUUGGCUGGGUGGAGCCUGCACUUACCCGGAUCAAAGAAGACAGGAAGCGGAUCAUCUUGCCAGCAAUUGACAACAUCAAGUACAACACUUUUGAAGUGCAGCAAUAUGCCAAUGCAGCCCAUGGCUACAACUGGGGCCUCUGGUGCAUGUACAUCAUCCCACCACAGGACUGGCUGGAUAAAGGGGACGAGUCAGCACCCAUCAGGACACCAGCCAUGAUCGGAUGCUCAUUUGUAGUAGACCGAGAGUAUUUUGGUGAGAUUGGCUUGCUUGACCCUGGUAUGGAGGUCUAUGGAGGAGAAAACAUUGAAUUAGGCAUGAGGGUCUGGCAAUGUGGAGGAAGUAUGGAGGUGCUACCCUGCUCUCGUGUGGCACACAUCGAACGCACAAAGAAACCCUACAACAAUGACAUCGAUUACUAUGCAAAGCGCAACGCCCUACGGGCUGCAGAGGUCUGGAUGGAUGACUUCAAGUCCCAUGUUUACAUGGCAUGGAACAUCCCCAUGGCAAACCCUGGAGUUGAUUUUGGAGAUGUUUCUGAAAGAAUAGCUCUACGGCAGAGACUGCAGUGCCGGAGUUUUAAGUGGUACUUGGAGAAUGUCUAUCCUGAAAUGAGAGUCUAUAAUAACACAGUCACUUAUGGAGAGGUGCGUAACAGCAAAGCCAGUGGCUACUGCUUAGAUCAGGGAGCUGAAGAGGAUGACAAAGCAAUCCUUUAUCCAUGCCAUGGAAUGUCCUCUCAGCUCGUUCGCUACAGCUCUGAUGGUGUCCUGCAGCUGGGGCCGCUGGGCUCCACGGCCUUCCUGCCUGACUCCAAAUGCCUCGUUGAUGAUGGGAAGGGCAGGACGCCGACUCUGAAGAAGUGUGAAGAUGUCCUGAGACCAGCACAGAGGUUCUGGGAUUUUACACAGAAUGGUCCAAUCAUCAGCAGAGACACUGGCCGUUGUCUAGAAGUGGAAAUGUCAAAGGAUGCAAAUUUUGGGCUCAGAUUAGUUGUACAAAGGUGCUCGGGUCAAAAAUGGAUGAUUAGAAACUGGAUAAAACACGGCCGACAUUGAUUGCUGGGGCUGAGAGGCUGCUUCUCCUGCCAUUGUCCAUUGCUCAGUGUGCCAUAUCUUGCAAGGCAUUUGUCCUAAAGCAAAAUAGUUUGAACAGGACUUGGAUCUAAUCUCCAUAGUUGAGCAAUCAAUGGAGGAAAAAAAAAGAGGAAGAAAAAAAAAGCAAAUACUUACAUGCUCUCUUUGACUAUUUCUUGCUACAGUAGACAACCUGGGAAGCUUAAGAAGAGUUUUCUGUUUAUUUGGAAGUCUUGGAAAGAUCAGAAGACACAGGAAAGUGUGUUCCUAAGCUCUCCUAGGAGAAUUAAUAGACAGAUGUUUCUAUGAGUUGAGAGAUCCCAAUACUGCCUCAUAAAGAGAGUUCUCCGAUGGGUAGCUUUUUAGCUUUAAGUUAUUGACUGGUGCACAAAUCCUAUGGUGAAUAAUCAUGUGCCUUUUUUAUUGUACUUCGUAUACAAGAGGACUGGAAAAAUCCUACCUUUUCAGCAUGUCUGGCUCAUUGUACUAAAACGAAGACCUGUAAAUACACUGGAAAACAUAAUACAAUAUAUGAUAAAUUUCAAGGUUGAUUGUUUAGGAGUCUCUAUCUCUAGAAAGAGACUAUUCUGCAUAUGUUUACAGGUGGUUCUCAACCUUUAAGCUGCUAAAAGGCAGCAUUUUAGAGACCUCUUCCAUAGACACAGAUAAAUGUUGAAUAGGUAAAAUAACCAUGUUCCAUUGUAUUGCCACAUUUUACAUUUCUUGACUGUAAAAGAGUCACAAUAUAGCACUUGCAUAUUUAACUCUUCAGAGGCAGUAAAUGUCCUAGUAGGCGAGUGGAUAUGGAGAGGCCUUUGCUGGCCUUCAAGCCCCAAGUACAGGUUCAAGGCUCCCAUCCUGCAGGGCUGUGCCUGCAGGUACACUUGGUGUUGUUCCAGCAACCGCCUGGAAGCCAGAGGCGGGGAACACUGGAUGCUCAUUACUUCUGUCAGUAAGGUGACUUAGUUGCCAACUGUGGAAUUCAGCAAUUUGAGGCUUCCAUUUUGUUGCCCAUCUUGUGAAAAUGUCAAAUGUGAGCAAACAUGCUUUGUGAGCACUGUCUAGACAAAUUUCCUGAACAAACCAACAAAGGCUUUUCAGUAUUUGAAAACAAACACAAACCUAAUGCUACGAGAAGUAGUUCGAGCAGGAGAGAACUAGGCAGCUUAUAUAAGAAAUGUUACUCUGAAAUAUAGAUAUUUUACUGUAGUUGACCUGGUGACAGCAUAUUUGUGAACCUGCAUUAAUAACGUAUCCAAUGGCUCAUGCAGUGUCUGUGCAAGGGCAGCCAGAGCAAUGGCAGAGCCUUGCCCAAGAGGCGAUCAGAGCUGAUGACCACUGCCAAGGUCAGCAGGCUUUGGGUGCAGGUCCACGGCGAUGGCUUUUCACUGCAGUAAAUUCAGUCAUACUGAAUGACAGAGACAGCAUCUUAACUUUGUUGUUUAAUAUUUUAUAGUACUUUUAAAAAAGGUUUUGUUUUGUUUUACUGAGCUAGGAAAAUAGGUAAUUGCAGACACUGCAGUACCAUAAAUCUUGGUGAUCUGUUUCUUGAAGAGCUUUUGCCGUUCCUAUUUCAAGGCAUGCUGAACAAAAUAAAUUGGAAACAAAGUUAAUUUUUCAAGGGCAUGGUAUGUAAUAAAAUAUUUACUUUUAACAUGCAAAUUCCAUCAGUUGUUGUCAACUCUUGGUUGGCAUCCAGAGAGCACAUUGCCCUAUUUUGCCCCAUUUUAUUUUUGCAAUUGUGUGUACAAUAUGUGGAUUUUUUUUAUUAUUAUUUUUUGGUGGCUAAUAGCUGAUCUUUAUUUAUGUCACAUGCACCAGGUUAUGCAUGAAUAUAUACAAAAGAAUAAUUAUGGCUGAGAUUCUAUUAUAAAAAUGGUUAAAAUUCUGUGUUUAUGGUUACUUGACCUCUAGAACAGCGUGCAGGGAGAGGUAGCAUCUUGAAUUAAUCAAGCAUUACAUUAAAAUCAUGGAUGGGCUCAGUACUCAAUCCUUGCAGGUCUGAAACAGAGGUAGGGAGAUUCAGGCUAAAUAUAGAUUGGGAGCAGUUGCCCUGCAUUUAACCUCAUUCCGUUAAUCUACCAGACAAUUUAAAAAACCAGUUACCAUCUACAAGGCAGGUGUUGAAUUCUUUGUAUAGAACUUCUAUUUGUAAGUGACUUUUGAUCUUCUCUCAGAUACAAUUUUAAAGGGGGAAACCGUACGGAAGUUUUAUUCCUUCUUUUGUUUAUUCUAACAGAGUUUUAUGGCAUGGCUGAGGGAGGCAGGAAGACAGAAUGGAGAGUUACUUUUACCUGGUGAGUUCUGGGGGGAGCAAAGUGGCAAGCUGUUCACACCUUGUGUCGUCUUCUCAGUUAAAUACAGCUAACUGCGAAGGUGGCACAAAGGUGAAAAUAGUUCUAUGUGUAUAUAUGGCGUGACUUCUCAGUACCUCACUCGUAGGAAUAUAAAGUUACUGCACCCAACAGAAGUUAAUAUGCCACGUGUUGUUUUGUUUUCUUCUUGACAAAUCAUCAAUCUAGACUUGGUCCUUGGUUAGCAAUAGGGCAGCAAGCUUUUCAACCCUUUGCACAGGAAAAAGGAGAAAUACCAAAUCUACUACCCUGAAAAAUAAUGUUGCAUUUGCUGUUUAGAAGCUUUGAAGCUGAGAAGACCAGAUGGAUGUGCUUUUACUCUCAAAGAUUUUAAGCAAAAAUUAUUACCUUUCAUUAUCACACCACCAUAACGAACAUGAGUUGGCUGGCCUGGGAAUUACAUGGCUGCACUUUUUCCAUGCUCAGUGCAAAGCAUUAGAAUGUGGCCACGUGGUCUAACCAAGGGUCAGUCCUGGCAGGCUUUGAGUGCAGAGGUCACACAUUGCUGGAAGCCUGCAAGAACCAGACUUUCAGUAUGAGAAAGAAUGCAGAUUUCUGUGAUAGUUAAAUGGCUCUGAGAUUUAUGAAUAAUAUAAAAGAAUUCAAAUAACUUAAAGGUAAGGUUGGUUUUCUCUGUGAUUGUCAGGGUGUUUUUUUUAAGACUUAAUGAAACAAUUUCUUAUAUUUAAGAAAUACGUCUGUUGUGUUCUUUUUACUUUGGUCUUUAUCUGUCUGAACCACUGCUUUGACUGUGGUAUUAACAUGGUAAAUCUGCAUGUGAGAGAGUCUUAAAUAUUCUCUCAUAAAAGGAAUAACAAUAAUAAAAAAGGCUUGAGUAUUAUCUGUUUUAACCAAAGUCUAUGGGUCUCUUGUCAGUAUUUCACCCGUAGUAUAAUCCGAAGUCCUGCUUCGUGUUGUUUCAAAUGUUCAGUCAUGUUUCCUGCAGUGCAGAUAAUCUCAGAAGUAUUUAAUGCCUUGUAGAGGAAAUUCAGAUAAGAAUGGAGUUUUCAAUGUCUUUUUUGUUUAAGAGAGUUUGGAAUUAAACACUAUCUCCUGGGACAGAGGAAUAGAAGGCAAGGAGCACCAGUUUGAGAAUGCUCCUAUCCUAGGCAAGCAUGACAAAUACUACUUCUGUAAGCAUGUCAAGAUCCUUUUAAAACGAGUUUCAGUCCUGUAUGGAAAAAAAAAACCUUACAGAACUCUCUCCUUUGAGAGCUACAACCUGUCUUUCAAGCUGAAUUUGUUCUUGGCUGGAGUGAAGCCAUUUGUUCCUCAGCCAGACUUGUUCACGAGCUUUAUCGGCUUAGUGGUUCCUGAGGCAUGGUCACCUCCAGUGGAAAGGAGCUGAGAGAAGGAAGAAAGUUUUUUAAAGGUGUUAUUGAAGGAUUUGAUUGCACUGGAAUUACAUAAAUGUUGUACUCCUCCAUGAGGCAUGAGAACUCUUCAGGAGUGUCCCGCGUCCCAAAAGCUAAAAGCUGGUUCCACAGACAGAAUACAAAAACUAAGGCAGUUCUUCAUGGAUACUCUGAAAGUGUUGAACCAUCUAUCUCACUUUAAUGAUUUGGAGCUUGACGUGUCUGAACAUCAAGCCCUCCUUGUCCUUUGGAAACUGUUCAGAUCUCUUUUCAUCAGCCUGCUCCUUUAUAAAAACAGUUUCAGUAGAUGAAAACCUCAAGUGCUGUGUGACAAGGGGUGUAAUCUAUCUGACACAGGACAGCUGAAAUUUUAAAUGCUUAGGCCACAUCUAAUAAGCAUUAAUGGAAUAGCACGAGUCCUAAUCUGUUCUUCAGAUCAAUUACACGUUCCUUCAAUAUCCAUCAUUUAGUUGAAUCCAUUCAUUAGCAGCCAUACCAAAGCACAAUAUAGCCUGCUUGGGGACAAAAUGUGUUCCACUGUAAGAACUUCAACAAAAACUGUGGUGCAGGGAAAGGUUGGCACAUUGGUAUUCAGGUAGGACGCAAAUACCUCUGGGUUGUUUUGUGGUUUUGUUUUUUUGUUUGUUUGUUAGGUGAAAGCCUUUGUGAGGAAGAACAACUGUCAGAAUUCCCUCAAUUGAAAACAGUUCUAUUUUAGACUGUUGAACUUCCAUUUCUGACUGCUGCUAUUUUGACUAACUGCUACUUAGCACUGACACAGUCAGUCCUGAGGUCAUGCUACAGAUAAAAGAUGGUUUUGCAAAUUGGAGGAACUAGCUAACAAGAUGGAUAGAAACCAUGGGAGGAUCAUGUCUUCACACAUCUCUAAAUAUGGAUGUCACAAAAAUAAACCUGAUGUUACGUUCUCUCAGGAUGGAACCACAAACUUUAUACAGUUUUGAAUUCCUUCAUUAAGAAUUCAAGAGGCCAGAUCUCACUUUGCAGACAUUUAUUUUUUUUUCCUGGUGAUAUUAGUGGACUUAGUGUGGCAGCUGCAAUCACUGGGUACACGGAAAAAUCAAUUCAUUGGCCAUAAUCUACUGAAGCAUCCAUAUCAUGCAUUACCAAUGUGAUAACACGGAUAUUCAUCAACCCCCAGUGCACGACUGUUUUCUCCUAGAGGUGGAGUCUGCUUACUUAGUGAAAUAGGGAACUCAGGAGUCAAUACUGCAAUGAUAUGCUAAUAAUUCCCAGUGAAUUUGGCACAAAGCACACCAAUAUUUACAUCUCCAGACUCAUGUAAUUUAUUAGCUUCAGGUUCUCUCCUAACAAUCUCCUGUCUCUGACAACUGUUGAAAAUACUUUGUCCUUCUAAAUACCUGGAAUACUUAUACCAUCUGAAGAUUUUAGCUGUUUCUGCAGUGCACCAGGCUCAGAUAAAAGAUUUACGAUGACCUCUCAAUACACUGCAACUGAUAUUAGAAUGGUUUCACAAAAUAUAUUGACUUAUUUUAAAAUAUUAGUAAUAUGGAACUAAAGAUAUUGUCCUCAUGGAUUACCCUAAGCAAAAACAUUGUUUUUUCUUUGCCCAAAAAUAUUUACUCAUAAAUAUCCCAGCGAAGCAGUACAUGCCAACAUGAUUUCAAAGAACAGAAUUUCUGAAUCACGAUUGUGCUUCAGUGACAUGAAGAAGCACUUCCUACAUUUCACAGAGCUGCAGUUUUCUCUUGGCCAUCAAAAAGUAUUGCCCAGUUUUAAACUCAUUGUAAUAAGUUUAAUUAAAAAAAAAACAAAACGCACCAACCAAAAGGCAAGCUGUGACUGCAAAUAAUUUUUCAUUAUGUGGCGCAUCAUCAAAUCAAUUUGUAUUUACACUUGAAAAGUUAAUAAAUUACUAUGCAUUUUGCUGCUGACAGGAGCAUUUUUUAUUAGUGCACAUCUGGACACCUCAUUCUAAAAUUCAAAGCUGUCACACCAAAAGAAAAACUAGGAAAGCAAACAGUCUAUGUCCAUUUUAUAUGUAAUGUGUUCUGAAAGGCAGUCAGGUCGUGUUUGAGAUGAGCACCGCACACUGUGCAGCAGAUUGCAGACUCUGAGAUAAGCUCUGUGCAUGUCAGAAAAGAUGCAUCACCACGCCCUCAUCAGAGACUUGGCCCCUGAAAGUGCACAUCCAAAAGUAGACUGAUAACAUUACAGACUGAGUAGCUGCUAGACCUCAGGCGUGGUUUGUCAUGCAGUCGUGGUACAAAGACAUACUUGUGCACAUUAUACUUGCAGGUACUGAUCCACACAGUAUUACAAGCUGUGUUCACAUGCAGUCCCUUGCCACCAGUAAGUUCUGCACAAGAAGCAUUCAAACACAAAAGAAAAGUAUCUCCAUUCAAAAAUUCUGAUCUCACAACCAAUGUUCCUGAAAUCAUUGAACCAUGGGGAAAAAUAAGCUAUAGAAACACAGAGAGGAAGCUUUUGAUGGAAGUGUUCUCUUGCAAUUUUGUAUUGGAGCUAUGUUUUGAAUAUUCAAAUCUGUACAAGCACAUCAAUCUGUAAUUGAUGCAUUACUGUUCUAAAGAACAUUCCUGUAACCAAAGAAAUUGAAGGAUUAACAGUUCCCAAAUUGCCUAUGUUGGUACAGGACAGAAAGACAGAUCCCACACCCUGUGGUUUGACCUGUAUCAAUCCAGAGGCUAAACUUGCAGAUGAUAUAAAAUGUCAUUGCUCUACUGCAGUAAAUGGAAGUUCUGGGAACUACAGUAAUUUACAGGUCUGGUCAGUUUGUGAUUGAUAAUAUUGUUAUUGACUUGAUUCUUUUCUGCUUCCCAAGUCACUUUCAUCUUCCCAAAGGCAGCAGAAGGGGAGUAUGAAGUGCUAGUGCAUGCUGUCAUGCUUCUACCAGCAGUCUGUGCAGUCCAGUACAUCAUCUCUGAAAACUGUCAAUAACUGAUGUUUAGAAGAAUGAAAAUGCAGAACAAUGAUCGUGUAUAUCCCCGUCAUUUCAGAAGGCAGAGAAUUCCCAAGCUAGAGUCUAUACACACCAACACUGCCUUUACAUAACUAAUCCACUUAUAUCUCUCGAUAUCAAAACAUCCUGUUGUAAAAAAUAGCACAAUUGCUGCGUGAGUCACUAUCUCUACUUUUAAAUCUACUUGUCAGUUCAUUCCAGAGGAUGCCUUGUGGUUCUCUUACAGUUAAAAACUGUGAAUAAUUGCUGCCAACUCUUCUUCUCACCUCUUUUUAGUUUGACCCCUGUCAUCCCUUCUCAAACAUAUUUUAGAACUGAUCAAGUGUCACACUUAUUUUGUAUUACUGGCAAACAACUUCAUAAAAGUGUAAGCACAUGCUCUGUGUCAUAUAUUGGACUGGGUGAUAACACAGUGAGAACAGAUUGGGUUCCUGAGCUGUUCAGCUGUAUAAAACAUACAUUACUGUUUUUAACAUUGACUUUGGAGCUCAGCCAGACUGCUUCUGCCCUGCUAGCAUGUAUGCACAAUGUUUGCAGUUUGUGAUCAAGGAGCGCAGAGCAUCUGUGAAAGCAUCUAACACCUUUCAUUCUGCUAGAAACAGGAGAAAGACUUCCACACCUGGUCCCAAGGCCCACCCAUGGGCUAUGGCUGUGUCACCAAGCUGGGGACUGACUUCAAUGUCCCCCACUGUCAUGCACGUCUCCUUUCAAUUCAACUAACUUGGUGAGAUCUGAGUGCAACAGGCUUUCUCCUUCCUGGUUUCUAAGAGGAUGGUGACUUCACAAGUCAAAGAGCAGCUGUUAAGUGCUUCCCUGCUUUAUCCAUAGGAACUGAGGUUGGCUGUAAUCUUCAGGUGGGCAACAACAAAAUCAGCCUCUGACGAACAAACUGACUGGCUUAGCCUUGGCAAACCUAUCUCCAGUAUUGGUCUUUCUUGUGCUUGGGCGCUUCUUCAUAAAUCCACACUGAGGACUGUGCAUAGAAACACUGCUCUGUUGCUAGCUAAGGUAUUCUGCGGACUUAAUUUAUUAUUAAAAUCUAAUCCAGCAUUUCUUGGAAGGAAAAAUGUUGUCUUUAAAAGGUACCAUAUGCUUAUUAAAAAGAGUGUUCUGUGAAUAAUAGCCAGCAAAAUUAGGUUCAUGAAAAUAUUUUGUCAGCAGUUCUGCGUACGACAACAUUUCACUACAGAAGUCAUCAGAAGUCUCAGAUUAUUCACUGUGAAGGCAGUGUCUCCUCUAUCUUUUUUAAAUCAAUAAUUUGUUGUAAAUCAAGCAUGAAUCACAUAUAUGUGCCUAUAACUGAGCACUCAGUAGCAGAGAGAAGCUUACGUGUUGCUUGGCAAGUUUUUUUGUUUUGUCUAUCUGUUGAUCAAGUAAUACAGUCCAUCACCUGUAUCAGGCAGACUUUGCACCCUGACUGGUCAGCUGGAACUUAAAGAAGACAAGAGGGACUGAAGUGAUUUCCUCUCCAUAACGGUAAGGAAAAAACAAACAAAUAUAUUUUUAUGCUAGAACGUAAGAAAGGUUCAGAACCUGUGAAAAAAAAUCCAAAAACCUGUCUCAGUGCCAGCAAACAAAACAGUCCUUUUCAUGAAAAUUUGGUGCAACUUUUUCACAGGCCAUAUUCUCUUAUUAUAAGCUCGUCAUCACUGUUUAAUCAGUCUCUAGCUUUCCCUUAACACUGUUCUCACCUUUUUCUAUCAUCUUAUUUCCUUAUUGUAAAUGUGUAGGCUUUUUUUCAGGGGGUAGUAAUACAGAUGACUUGCACUGAGGAAAAGGGCCCUUUGAUUAAAAGAAGUAAUUCUGGUGUGUGAAGGUUUUAUUUUAGAGAAGCCAAACAAAAGCCUAAUAUGGCCCUUACUUUGCUGCCAAAGGAGGCUGCACCAGUGGGACUUCUCAGGUGAGGCCAACUGGCAGAAAGUACUCAAGGAAAAGUUCUUAAUUUAGUUUUGUCUUUGGGAGUUAUGGAACUAAGAGGAUGAGGGAAGGACAGUGCAUCCUGGGAUUUCCUCGAAUUGGAGAAGUGGAUAUUAAACGUAGGAAGCUGAGCUGAACUGCCCAACCUAGAAAGCAUGACACAAUACACAGCAGUUCAACAAGUGACCAGGACCUGGCUUCUUCACACGAAUAAUUCAGCUUUAAUAAAGAGACUUCAAUCAGGAUUCAGGAAAGAUUUUUCUGCUUUUGCAGUUUAUUGCAGUGCAAUCUGUCCAAUCCAUUGACAGAGCUCCAAAACACACAUAGGUUGGUGCUCUGGUAAGCUUGCAGUGAAGCAUUUGCCAAAAGCUAUUGAAAUUCACAAGGUGCUUCAAGCGUUGGCAUUCUGUGCAGAAAAUGGUGCCACCUAUCAGUGAGAAGGAGGAAACUGAUCAGCAAAAUGAUUUGUUUGAACUGAAGAAACUGCUAUUUUCAUUGCAAGGGCGAUGGUUUUCUACUAAUGAGCAAUUAGCGAGAUGUUUGGCUUGUUCAGAAUGGUUUUGGGAGAAUGAGGUUCUGACCUGGCUGGCCACUGCCUGCUGCAUGAGGGGGACUUGGCUACGCAAACAUUGGAUGUUCCCCUAUUGCACACCAUAAAGGUAGAGUUCUGAAGAAAGUCUGUUGCCAGGGAGCAAAAUGCAAGUCAGCCAGGUCAGCUGAGGUCCAAAUCACCAAAGUUAGUAGUUACUUUUUUUGUAAAUCUGAAUCUGAAGAGAUUUUGAUUGAAAUAUAUGUAUAAAUAUACCUUAUUAUAUGGUGUAGGUCAUUCUGAGUUGCUCUCCAGAGCAGAAUGUAGGCUUUUAAGUGAUUCAUUUCUCCAUCCCUGUAAGCAUUCAGCUUUUACAGCUUCUUACCUGUAUCUAAGUCCACUGGAGAAAGUUUGUCUUAGAGAAGUCUUCAUGCACUGAGAUUUCUGUCUUACAGAAAGAAGCAUACAAGGGCUGAAUUUUCCACAAGCUAUAUUCUGUACUGUAUGUACCAUUAAUUAAGAGACCUUUCAAAAAAAUCCUCCUUCUCUUAUUCAUGCGCUUGUGAAAUCUGAUUCCAGGCUAAGAUUCAGAUUUACUCCAUGUGUAUAUAUCAGAGAUCUCAUAGAACUUCUGUGUAGCAGAAGUAUACAGCAACCGAACAGUAAAAGGGCAUCAGCACCGUCAUAAAAGUGAAAAAAAGAGAAGAAAAGCAAAGAGUGAGUGGAUUUUAAGCUAGUUUUAACAUGUUUUUAUGGUCUGCACCUCUGGCAUCCUUCCCUCCCUUCCACAAGGUGAGGAUCUUGCAGCCAGAACUCACUUCUGUUGCAGUGAUGUUUUGUUGUGCCAUGGUAAGGUACACAGAAAAGCUUUGCCAAAAUCUUUGUUACAUGAAAGCAAUGAAGUAACUCAGCUCUCAGUUGUGGAACCCAGGCUUACACAGGAGAGCAUGAAGGACUCCCUUUGUAGCUCAUGGACAGGGAAAUGCAGGAUGCUGUUCUCUGUACGGUAUGCAAUCUGAAACAAUUUUAUCGGGACUGCUAGGCAGAAAUCUUAGUAAGUUGGAAUUAAAUAACUUGGUGUUUCUAUCUUAGAGGCAAAAAAAAAAAAAAAAAA